AUGAUGUGCAAACCAAACAAGUGCCUGAUAUCCCAUACAAUGAACUAAAUAUCAAAGACAAGGAACUCCUGAACAAAUUAAAGAAAUAUGAAAUUGUCCAUCCUGAAGAUAUAACACCUAUUGCCAAUGAAUUCCCAGAUUUUUAUCGCCAGGUAAAUAAUUUUGCUGUGGCUAUUAUUUUCUUUUUCAUGCAUGUGAUAGUUCAUAUACAAUUACUUUAUGCUUUCCGCGUUUGGAUGACCUGAUCCAAACACGCGGGAAUGUUGCGAGAGUUAAGAAAAGCACGCGAAACAUGAGUCGAAGGCGAGUGAAUUUGCGCGCUUUUCUUAACUCGAGCAACAUUUCCAAGUGUUUGGAUCAGGCCAUCCAAACAGAGCACACGUUAUAUACAUGUUAUUUUAUAAUUAAAUUUGGUCUUUGUUAUAAAAUAUUUCGGCUUUGUUCGUAAAAAAGGAUUUAGAAAUAAUAAAAGAAUUAUGUUUUUGAUGAUACAGGAUGAGACAGUUGAGAGAAGUAUAUCUUUCCUGCUUAAUGGAAAUGGGGUAGUCCUUGACCUUGUUCCAAACAGGUACGACAUUUUAUUUCUUUUGUAUCUACAGUGCUAAAUUAAUAAACUCUAAGACUUUUCAUCUUUUAUAUAUUAGCCAGUAGCUCGCCAUAAUAGAUCCCGUUUGUACUGAACUGAAUAUAUUUAUUACUAUUGACAGAAACUUGGUUUCACCUCGAUACAAGGAGAGGCAUUACCUUUCUGAUGGAGUCACUGUUUUGAGAAAGGUUUGCUAAAAACUGUAAAUUCUUCACCUGAGUGAAUUAGGUAGAUCUUUAAUGCUCUUGGGGUGUAUUAUUCUUCCUGUAGCGAACACAUGACUGUUUUUUCCACGGUCAUGUAAGGAAUGAAGAGAAUUCAAAUCUUGCUUUGACCACAUGUGAAGGCUUUCAGUAAGUUAAUUUUUUCUACUUUUAUUAUAAUUAAACUAGAUAUUUCUUCCGUUUCCAAACUGAUUUAUUUAUUUAUUUAUUUAUUAUACUGGCUUUAGCUAUAUCACUUCUCCCUAGGCCACACCUUAUUCGUGGUUUGUUUUUGUAGUGGGUACUUCAGAAGAAAUGACGAGACUUUCUUUAUUCAACCAUUAUUUGACCAGAGUCAAAAGGUAUAAGUUAGUUAAUAAUACAAGAUGCCAAAUGUUUAAUGACAUGUACUAAUUAUAUUUUUACUGUAGUUAUGUUAAUGUGGAAAUAAUUUUUCAUUUGUAAUUUUUCAGAGGGUCGCUCACGUCGUCUAUAGUCCGAAUGAUAUUACAGGAGAGAAAUUUCAAUGUCGUAAGUUAAAGGAUAUAUUGAUUCCAUUAAUUUAAUUUUAAUUUUAAUUCGAAGCAGGUUUUACAUACAACCCAAUUGAUAAUGGUCGCCGAGGGUGAGUUAGUUCUUUUACGAUGUUCAAGGGUUAGUUUUUAGUGAUAGAGGAAAACCGGAGAACCUGGAGAAAAGCCUGUCAGAGCCAGGGCCGUAGCAAGGGUGGUAUUGGGGGGGGGGGGUUGGUUAAUCCCCCAACUUUUGUAGAAUUAACAUAUUCGGAAAAUCGAGUUGGCCAUUCGGAAAAUUACGGCAUGAAUAGUAUAACAAAAUUGUAGUUGUUUAAACAGAGAAAAUGUUAUAAAAUGGUAUUGUUAGUAUAAACCAUUGGUAUAAACUGAUUUACGAAAUUACGGCAUUUACAUGGAUAACGUAAAACAAAUCUUAAAUCAGUAAAUGUUUUUCGGUUUAUUACUUUUCAGCUUGCCCGCUGUGGAUGCAUACUCAGAGUAACAUCACAAAUAUCAUACUAAAACUCUGUUUUCUGACCGUCAGAAUUCUCUCAAAACUUCCCCCAAAGUCCAGGAAAUGGCAUUUCAGAGAAUUUAAAUUUUAAAAUUUCCUCGGGCCUUCGGCCCUCGUUCCCACCCCCAAUAAAAAAGAGCUUCCUACAGCACUGCAUGCUUCUGUAAUAUGUCUUUGCGUAAACUAUGUGUAUUUUUGGUUGUAAAUUGCAUCUUCAUUUUCCGGAUAGCAAACGCCUUCGUGGCUUCGUAUGCCAUGAAAUAUUCGGAAAUUUUUUUCGUCAUUCGGAAAUUUUUGGUCUACCCCCCAACUAUACAUGCUAGCUACGGCCCUGGUCAGAGCAGUUGUCAGAGCAAGGGGCUUUCACCUCUGAGUUCGUGCACGAGUUCGUGCAUGGGUUCGAUUCUCGCUGCGGACUCAUGUGAAAAGAGUCAGUCAACGCUUUGCUGAAAGUCGUGGGUUUUCUCCGGAUGCUCCGGUUUGCUCCCGCAGGGAAAGUUGACAGGAUAGGUCAGGAUAAGCACAGUUAAGAAAGAAACAUCACAAUUGUUUUAAAGAUAAAAAAUAAUCUAGGCUAAGUAUGUAAUAAGGUAAGCGUAUAAUACUUGAUGUAAAGCGCAUUUAAUCAUAUCCACAUGUAUAAAUUUGCGCUAUAGAAAUGCUAAUCGUAAUGCUAAUUGUAAAAAACAAACCAAAUUCUACUGAUACGAGAUUUUCGAGCUCAGAGAAGUUACUCAAUCUAAGUAAAUGCCCGCCCUCCAUCUUCCGCAUGCAGGUUUAACUCAAACGUAAAGUGCAGCGCGCUAACUAUAGCGUAUGAUAAUAAUACGAUAUCUUUGCUGAAAACAACUUGAUUAUAUAGAGAAUAAUACAUGGGUGCGCGGGAAUACCAGAUUUAUUUCGAGUGUUGAACAUGAUAUCUCACGAGUGAGCGCAGCGAACGAGUGAGAUAUCUUGUUCAACACGAGAAAUAAAUUUGGUAUUUCCAAGCACCCAUGUAUUUUUCUGUUUAUUAUAUAAACAAAAUUCAGUGAAAAACAAUAAAACGUCCGUGGCAAUGCGUUUGACAACAAAUGAUAUUUUCACACGUAAAAAUAUCGUAUUUUUUACGUGUGUUUAAAUACGAUUUUUCUCAGUGGCCAAAACUCUAUAUAACACUUAUGUUUAUAUAAUAAAUUUAUUUUCAGCUCAUGAUGGCGUCCAAACGCACGAAAGUGACUACGAUUUUCUGAAUCCAUUUCCUCUACAUGAACAUCAUAGAGUAAGAUAAUCUGAAUUCCAGUUUAUUGUCGUUAUAAUUUUAUCUCAGCCGCUUAUGCGACGAGUGUCUCCAGUUUGACAUUACCUGGUUUUCAGUUCUAACCAAUAACAGACUGGUAGAAUACGAAGAGAUACGCCUAUAUUCUAAAAGCUUACUCACAUUCACACUCAAUGAGUGGCGGUUCAAUCUGAGCUUCUAUUGAGUGUUUUUAAAUAGCUGGAGGGUGAGUAAUCACAUAGUAUGGUAUGACACUAGCCCUCCAGCUAUUCAAAAACGGCAAUGACACUCGAGAGAAGCUCAGAUUGAACUUCCACCCAUUGAGUGUGAGUGAGCUUUUAGAAUACGGGCGAUAGUGUCUUUCUUUGUAUGUUAUCUCCAAACCGUCAACUCGAUUAUACCGUCGGACGAUACGGCGAAGCCGACUCUGAGCUGUAUGCGUUAUUCUCGAUGCACCUCCCCAAGUCUUCUCGGUAGAUCUUUCAAUCAACUCGAGCGACACUUUCUACUGAAGCAGCCAAGAUUUCUCAAGAAGUGUUAUACCACAUAACCCAAGUAUAAGCCAUUACAAUUGGAAUAAUUUCGCAUCAGGCAAAAAAAGUCCGUUUUUGUCCCGUUGUAACACUGGAACAUUAAGUGAUUAUCUUUAUAUGACUUUUAGUAAAACCAGUUUAAACUGGUAGAACUGGCAGAGCUAUCCAGGUUUCCUCUUAUAUAGUAAUCAAUAAGGAAUGCCAUUACCCUCUAAAAAAGAACAGUAUAGAACUGAUAGAGAUAUCCACUAGAAGCAAUUUUGGAAAACACAUCAUGAUAAAAAUUUUCACAUGUUUUCCAGUCUCGUCGUGAUAUCUUGACAGAAAAAAAAUAUGUCGAACUGAUCUUAGUGAAUGAUGAUAGUCAGGUAAGUAUUUUGCCUUUGCAAAUAAAUUGGAAGUUAUCAAUGGCAAUGCCUACAAGAGACAUUAAAAAAAUCCUUAAUAGUUAAUAUUUUAACUCUCUGCCCGUUAUCUCUUAAAGGAAAAGGGGGCGCAAUAAAGAUGUGUUUUAAUCUUUUUCACAGCUUCAAAUUUACGGAGGUGAUAUUCCCCAAACUAAACUCAGAGCUAUCAGUAUAGCUAAUGUUGUGGACUCGGUAAGUUUGACUCUGUCUUUAAAGCUGCAUUGAGGUAGAAUGACUAAUUAAGCACUUAGAAGUAUCGUGACAUUGUGUAGCCGAGAGGGUGGUCAAUAAUCCUGCAAUGAAUUAAUUAGCGACAGUAAUGUUUCAUUAAAAUGUCGUAGUCUUAGGAAUGCUUCAUUUCUUGCUCAUUCAUAACAACUGCAGAGCAGCCGAGAGAAUUCGGGGGGCCCCUGGGUAAACCAUCUCUGGGGGCCCUAUGACAUUAUUUUUAAGCUGGAGCCAAGUCAGUCACCCAACUAGACCUUAGCUAGACUACAUGUGGAGCUACUGUAAGGGGCCGUCGAUUUCAAAAAUGCUCUGACCAAUUUAAAGAACCUACUCAAUUUUAGGCUCUCGCUCUCAAGUUGGGCGGCCCUGGGCAUCUGGUACUCUAGCUAAUCAUGCCUGUAUGUGUACCCAUUAAAAAUCCCAUCAAAAAAAACAUUUUAGAUCUACAAAGCGCAUAAUAUCCGUAUUGCUUUGGUAAUGGUUGAAACCUGGACAAAUGGUGAUCCGAUAUCGGUGGUCAAUGAUUCCAGUACAACAUUGGUAAAUUUCAGAAAUUACAAAAGGGAUGUCUUGGAUGUUGAUGAAACGACCAAAGACCACGAUAAUGCUCAAUUACUUUCGUAUGUAAUUUUAGGCUGUGAAGUUGAUAAUUUCAUAUGUGUAUUGUUACAGGCCAGGGCUUGCUGUAGCUUUAGACAGGUGUUCCAGUAAGGGCCAUAUGGAUUUUAGUGCUAUAGUGUAAUGGACCAUUUGCAUUAUAGACUAAUUUUUGAUCGAGACAAAAAUUUCAUCACAGCUUGAAAGAGCAUCACAAAAUUAGUAAUAUUCCAAAGUUUCGUUGCGAAAUGUUGUAAAAUGCGGAUAAUAUAGCCUUGCGAAAUUUGCAAUUUUCAGUCAUUUUGUAGUACAAACGGCAAAUUGAUGCCCCAUGCAACAUCCAAUUGGGCUGUCAAUUUCCCGUGCGUAAUACAAAAUGACUGAAAAACGGCAAACUUCGCAUGGCUAUAUUAUCCGAAUUUUACAAAAUUUCGCAACGAAACUUUGGAAUAUUACUAAUUUUGUGAUGCUCUUUCAAGCUGUGAUGAAAUUUUUGUCUAGAUCAAAAUUUAGUCUAUAAUUUCCAUUGCAAGAGGAAAUCUGAGCACCAGGAGAAAACCUGCGGUGUUUCGUAGAAUUGAAUUACAACCGCUCUUGUGAAAUUGUAAUCAGAGAGCUAGUGCAUACUGUAUUAUGGCAACUAAUACAUACUGUAUUAUGACAACUAAUACAUACUGUAUUAUGACAACUAGUACAUACUGUAUUAUGACAACUAGCUAGUACAUACUGUAUUAUGACAACUAUAGUACAUACUGUAUUAUGACAACUAGUGCAUACUGUAUUGUGACAACUAGCCAGUACAUACUGUAUUAUGACAACUAUAGUACAUACUGUAUUAUGACAACUAGUACAUACUGUAUUAUGACAACUAGCUAGUACAUACUGUAUUAUGACAACUAUAGUACAUACUGUAUUAUGACAACUAGUACAUAUUGUACUAUGACAACUAGCUAGUACAUGCUGUAUUAUGACAACUAUAGUACAUACUGUAUUAUGACAACUAUAGUACAUACUGUAUUAUGACAACUAGUACAUAUCUGUAUUAUGACAACUAUAGUACAUACUGUAUUAUGACAACUAUAGUACAUACUGUAUUAUGACAACUAUAUAGUACAUACUGUAUUAUGACAACUAUAAUACAUACUGUAUUAUGACAACUACAGGGUGUCCCAAAAAAAAGUGACACUAUAGAAAUUAUCUCAUUGUUCUUAAGCCGCUCUUAAACGAUUACACGCCUGGGAAUUUAAUGAACUUGUAUUUACAUUUAAGCAUUUUAAAACGUUUUCGCUUUGUCCAAAUAUUUUAACGCCCGAGUCAAGCAAAACGAUUACACUAAUAAACGGUUUGCUUUUUUAUUUUAAAUUCCAGAAGCAGAGGUUUAUGCACCUGUGGGAUCAACUUAGUGCUAGGGCAUUCAAAUUAUAACAAUAGGAUAAUUUCUAUAGUGUCACUUUUUUGGGGGACACCCUGUAGUACAUACUGUAUUAUGACAACUAGUACAUACUGUAUUAUGACAACUAGCACAUACUGUAUUAUGGGAUCCGGAACACGAUCACAAGGUGAAAGGUAUAUGCACUAACCGCUGAGUCACCAACACUGUUUCGCCACGUGUUACAUAAAAAUCGUUCGUAUUAAUAUAAUUACAGCCAAACGAACUAUGGCGGGAACAUUGCUGGUUUGGCAUAUGUAAGAACAAUCUGUGUCUCGAAUUACUCUGUUGGUAUUGAAUCGGUGAGUGGCGAAUACCUUAAUUGUUAAUACAAUUGUUAUGUAAAGAGCAAUAGGGAUAUAUUAGGGUUUUCGUGUGGCCAAAUAGAAAUUUACAUAGGCACGUGAGAAGGGCGGGGGAGGAAUUCACUUCGCCAAUCACUUUUUAAUCAGGCAGAAUCUACUUAAAAAUAAGCAGUUCGACUUAAAAAUGAGGCAAAUGAUCAAAGAGAAACUCGCCGCGUAUUAAAAUAGUCAAAAAAUGAAGAAAUAUGUAACAUCACCAAAAUGUUUUAACCGAUGUCACAAACGACAGGACAAUUUCCAUUAACAUCGGGCAACUUUUUCCGGCCCCCUAAUUUUAUUUCCUUCCGCGUUCGCCUAUAUCAGUGGAGAAACAUGAGGAUAUUGCCAUCAAUAACAUUUAAAACUUUCUGAACUUCGUUCGAUGAUAUAAAUAUGAUUUGAAACAAUGACCUUUUCUUUAUUUGUGUCAUACAGGAUACGAAUUCUAAUGCAGCAUUCACGGGUGCUGUCAUGGCGCAUGAAAUGGGACACAACUUUGGUCUCUUACACGAUGAUGGUAAAAUAUUUGUUUCUCGGUAAAAUAUUUGUUUCCAUUCUUACAAAAUGGAUAAUUUUAGUCACUAAUCACUAAUAUUAUCAUCAACUAUCACAAUCUCCAUCAACUUUUUUUGAAUGAUCGAUAUUAUUGCCAUCAUCACAAUGGCGUCAUCAUGCUAUUAAACCACCACCCACCUCACUAUUAAUCAUUAUAUAACAUCUCAUUAAAUUCUGGUCAUUUAAUUGGCUGACUAUGACCACGUGAUAUCGAAUUAAAAUUCCCAUUUUGCUGUUUAAAUAAAUUUAAAUUUAAAUAAAUUUAAAUAAGUUUAAAUAAAUUUAAUAAUUCAAAAUCCUAUUUGGAUGAAAUUUUCCAUCUUUCACCACAUAAAAAUAUUUUUACCAUUGCACUCAUAAACAUUCAUUGUUUGUAUUAUAUUUAAAAACUCAUUAAUAAUUCAUGAAGCAAUUAUCCAAUCUUGAGUAAGAAAUUAGUCACGUGCAUACGUCUUUAUAUAUACCAGCUAAAGAACACUUUAACAAAAGACCAUUGUUAUGCAAACUAUAUAAAGAUUUUUAUAUAAAGAUUUUUAUAUAAAGAUUUUUAUAUAAAGAUUUGACUUAUUAUGCAAACGUUUUUGAAGUCAUUUAAAAAGCUCGCAGGUCGUGUUUUAUUAGGUCGAAAGCCACUCGCGCUUCGCGCUCGUGGCUUUAAACCUAAUAAAACACUCCUGCUCGUUUCUAAAUAGUACUUCAACAACAGUUGUCGUGAUAAAUAUACUAUUUUUGUUAAGGUUGCACAUCGUGUCCAUCUGAUGGGUGUGUUAUGAAUGGUGUUCUAAGGUGACUUAUUUGGCCAGUAAGAUCUUUAAACUCAGAAAUUCUGGCGUUCAGCGACGAAUUCCGAAGGUUUUCCUCCAGAUAAACAUGCAGCUUUGCAUAUAUUUUUACAAAUAAAGAUGAAGGCAAAGCGCCUUCACUCGAAAAGCUGGAAUUCUCUUCUUGUGCUGAAAACAAUCAGACACAAAGAUUUCCCCAAUUUUACCAUUAGAUUUUUAAAGUGUACCGAACAAGUGUCAUAUGUUUCACAAAGUAUUUUUUAAAUAUGUUUAGCUCACCACCACCAGAGCUAUUUUCCCAGUGCAGCAUAGAUGAUCUUGAGACUUUACUUUUGGGUAAUGUUGGACAUUGUCUCUUUAACCAACCAACAAAGGUACAUUGUGAAAUAUCCGCUAUCUUCAAUGUUUCCUUCUUACUUUUCAGUAUGCAUUUACAUGAUAAGCAACAGUAACAGGCAAUUAAUAGUCUUGGUAUUAACAUCUUAUAGAGCGGAAGAUAUCGAUGGUGAUUAAUUAUAAGUUCAAAAAUGUUUCCACUCAUAGGAACAUGACAAGUAAACUACAUCUACAGAUAAUUGCGAGAUUCCUACGAAUUUUAUAUAUUCCUUUAUUCCAGUUUGCAACAGACGCAGCCUGUGGCAAUGGUUUUGUGGAGGAUGGAGAGGAAUGUGACUGUGGUACACAAGAGGUGACUGAAAAAAUUAACUUUUCCUAGCCAUGUUUCCCAAAGAUAGACAAACCAGAAAACAUCGUUUGCUAGUCAUGUUUUCCAAAGGUGGGAAACCACUCGAACCAGGAAACAUUGUUUCAUGGACAUGUUUCCCAUAGAUGCAGAAAACAGGUAACAUUGUUUCAUAGACAUUUUCCCAGUGAUGGAAAUCAAGAAACAUAUGGCUUCCUAUCAACGUUUUCUGGAAGUGGAAAAUGUCUUUUUCGAAGUGGAUGUUCACCCAAAGUACAAUUCCAGUACAAUAUUUUCAAUUUUUCAGGACUGUGUGCGUGCUAACAAUACUUGCUGUAAUUAUACUUCGUGUACGCUGUAUGAAAAAGCCCAAUGUGCUGACGGAGUUUGCUGUAGUGACUGCCAGGUAUGGAAUGAAUAUACUGUUGUAUGCAGCAACUUGAAAUGAAUGAUCUUGUAUUAGAAAAGGAAUAAUAUGGCAUCAAACCUGUGAAAACUUAAUUUGUAUCCUUAUCUUUAUUAAGCGACAUAAAAAUUUUGGUCUUGACUCUAGCCUUAACUGCGAAGUGACCGUCUUCAAAUUUGGUUAAUUGAUUGAUUUUUUUCAGUUUAUCUCUGGAGGUACAGUUUGUCGUGAAGCUGUAAACUCGUGCGAUGUUCCGGAGUAUUGUAAUGGGACAAGUGAAGUGGUGAGUGUCAUAAGUUCAUAAUUUAUUAUAUACUACAUAGUGAGAUACUGAAAUUACACAUGAGUAAGAUAUUUUUCUUAUCUUCAUAACUUCCCGCCAAUUUCCCGCCAAUUGCACUAUGUUUACAAGAUGUCAUUUCAAGGUUUGUAAAAGUGACGAACGAAGACAUUAAGUACUGUUUAAUAAACGAGCAGGAGUGUUUUAUUAGGUUUAAAGAUACGAGCGCGCACCGCGAGUUGCUUUAGACCUAAUAAAACACGACCUGCGAGUUUAUUAAACGGCUUCAAACACGACUAUACAAAUUCAAUAGAUAUACCGCCUUAUCAGUAUUCUUUAUAUAUAAAAUACUAAUGAGGACACGACAACAAUAGAUACUGCCUUAUUAGUAUUCUUUAUAUAAAUAAUACUAAUUAGGAGUGUUUUAUCAGGUUUAAAGCCACUGCAUGUGACAUAUUAUGGUUGACAUGAUUUGCCAAUAAGCUUAUGAAUUAUUAAUGUUUUAUGAUAUAUGAAGGAUUCCUUGAUUUUUUCGUCACCGAGAGCGCGAGUAGGAAAAUUGAGCAAGCUAAUCGUUUUAAAGUUUUGCUAUAAUAAAUGAAGUAAACAUACUUCGUUUUGAACUUGAGUUGCUUUAAUUUUCGUCUUUGUUUCGACUAUCUAAUAAAAAGAACUUCAUAAAAAUCUUGUUUUCACCACUCGAAGAUAAAAUUCAUAUCUUGGCACAAAAAUAUCCUCUAUGUAUUUUGAUAGCAUGUGCAUGCAGGGUAUUCAAGAAAUGUUUAACAACCUGAUUUUAAAAUUAUCCGGAAUAGACCUUUUUCAUAAUGGCGUCAAAAGCGGAUAGACACUUGGCUAGUGUGACACGGAUCGAACAAUUUUGAACAGCAAUUCGAAAUGCAAAUUGUUGCUGUCAACCGUAAAAUCGCAUUAAAUGUUUGUCAUUAUGCAGUUCGUAACUUAGUAUAUAAGGAUGGUAACUUGUGGUUUUCAAUCGUAUCCAGUCGAUCACUUGGUGAAAAAUUAAUUUAAAAUCUGAAUGCCCCGAUCACCGACCGCAACCGUAAACCCAAGGUGUUUGGUUUAACGUACUUGCACUAGAUUUCAACUCUUUGUGACAUUUCAGUGUCCUGCUAAUCUGGUAACGGUGAAUGGCAUAUCCUGUGGUAAUAAUCAGGUCAGAGGCACAGCUUAUAUCUUUUGUCUUACCUAAGUUAGACCUUCAGAAUUAUAUUGACGCGUUACGGAGCAGCAGCCAGGUGACAGGUGACUUCAGAAACGUUAUUUUCAAUUAGCUGCUAUAAAUUUGGCAUUUUGUCUUCUCUAGGGAUAUUGUCAAAUGGGAGAAUGUAGAACGCAUGAUGACCAAUGUGAUGAAUUAUGGAUUGGUGGAAUGUAUCUGGUUUAAUUUUCUAAAACUAUUUUCUUUUCAGUCUACAAAGCCUUUGCAUAAAUGCCAAUAUAAGUCAAAACACUGGAUGACAUGAAGAAUAUUGGGAUUUCAAAACAAUAAAAGGGCAAUGGGACAUCUCCAUAAUUCCAUCCUGAGUGGUUGACAUGAACGAUCGUAGGAUUUUCAAAACAAUCAAAUUGCAAGAAUAAUUCCGAUCUCUGGAUCGUGACUCGAAACCCUUCCAGAAACUAUUUCACUUUGGUUAUAGAGCCUCGUUUUUUUAGUUGAGAGGCUUCGAUUAAAUUAAUUUUACGUGCACGAAAACGAGGUUUUAUAGGCAAAUAACGGCCCCAACGCCAAAAUUUUUGGAAGUUUAGUAGAGAAAAAUGUUUUUGAUUUUUCGAGCAAAACGCAACAAAGUCGGAAAAAAUCCUUUCUUCUUGCCUAUUUUCCCACUCGCCCACGCCCAUGUCGCGACUAUAGAUGCCACAAUUGUUAUACCAUGAUCUUUGACGAUCGCUUGCUGUUUGCCUUAGGGAUCAACUUAAAAUGCUGUUGUGUACUUGCAUCUAGGUGCUUUCAAAGCGGAUGAUUCUUGUUACGAUUUUGUAAACACACUUGGAGAUGAACGUGGUUACUGCAAAAAACUUAAUGAAACUGCAUAUAUGCCUUGUGAACCUAUGUAAGUUGUUAUACUGUUCAGUCCAACGGUUAAGAGAAGGGAGCUGAAUGGGAAAAUACUGCUCUUUGAAAUUUGUGAUUUUACUUUGCACCGGGCAAGCUGAAACGUUUCCCUGAAACGGUGGAAAUCGAACCCGGGACCUUUGGGAUACCAGUCCAAUCCUCUACCAACUGAGCCACGAGGUCAAGUUGUUUCGAGUUGGUGAUAUUUCGGAACUGAGUUUAGUUCCUUCAAUUUCAAUGUAUUCUUAGAAACUAGACUGAGUUCAGAAAUAUCACCAACUCUAACAGACUUGACCACGUAGAUCAGUUAGGUAGGGCAUUGGACUAGAAACCAAAAGGUCGCGGGUUUGAUUCCUACCGUGGUCAGGCAAACUUUUCAGCUUGCCCGGUGUGUAUGCACACCCAGAGUAACAUAAAAAAGAUCAUAUUCACCUGAGUACAUAAUACGAAUACACAUACAAAAAUACUCUAACUUUGAAAGUUUGUGAAAAUGUUGGUAAUUAAUUGAUGACCUCUGAGCUAUUCGUCCAACCGCCCAUGACAUGAUGAAAACACUGUAAUACUUUCAGGAACAGUCAGUGUGGCAAAUUAAUGUGCGCUGGUAACAGCACAAUCACACCAAAGAAUCUUGGCUAUCGUUGGAGUAGUAGUAAUCUUAGUUUAAUUAUGAGGAAUGUAUCAAUUAUUUGUUGGUAAGUUCAAAACAUUGGGGCGGAGUCAUGGUGAGUUCUCACGGACGGUGUAUACACGUAUGAAAAGUUCAUUUACAGUUGCCAAUCAUAGGAAAAGUUGAAGAAUCUUAUAGAUGGAAGUUAUCGAGUAGAAAUUUAUAUACAUUGAUUAGAUCUAACUAGAAACAGCUUCGAACUCGAUAUUUACCCAUUAUAGGAAACCCUUUAUCAUACACCGACUAAUAAUACAAUUUACCUUCGUUCAUCACGUUAGCAUUAUAAUGUUCACCAAACAGAUAUUCUAAACCUUAAUCUUCCCAAAGUAUUUCAGCACAGAAUUUGACUAACUGUCUACUAUCAAGAAAUUAAAUGGUGCUUGUGAUUUUCGUUUUGGUGUCUUUGUUCACUUAUGAGAGGUUUCCGCUUAAGGGAGGUCUUAAAUAUAGUAAUAUAAUAGAGGUUCAGCUGGGACGCAACAAUGAAGUUCUCUUACAAGGGGUGGCCGCAAUGAAAGCUUCGACUAUGGUUGGGAAAUGCCUGAUUGUGCGGUUUAUUUUGAUUGUUUAAUUAAGGUCUGCAAGGAUCUUUCAGGCAGAGGGUUUACCAGAAUUGAGUACCGUCUUAGAUGGAACAAAAUGUGGAGAGAAAAUGGUUAGUAUGGGUUUACAAAAAAUGGUGAGUUUAAAUAGACAUUAACAGGAAGUAGACACUUUAUAAAAGCAAACAAAUUAUACUACACGCGUAAAAAUUGAGAAAAUCAACAACUUGUUUCAGGUUGAUAUCAACAGGCAUGAACAAGGCGACCCACUAUGAACAGUAUUGCCAACAUGUUGUUACAGCAUUGUUCAACAAUAACAACUUGGAACAACAUGGUUGACAACUUGUUCAUAGUUGGCCGCACAACAUUGUCCACGCCUGUCGAUAUCAACUUGGAACAACCUGUGCGUUUUUAGCCGUGUAAUUAAAAUCUCUUAUUGCUAUCCAUUUGCCUGCUGCCUAUAAUGAAAAUGAUGAAAAUAAUUUUCUCGUUUCACAAGCUGUCACUUGGCAACGUUCGGCUGCACAAUAGUGCUUAGGGCAAUAUAUAUUUUAAAGAACAUUGGCUCUACAAUAACUUGUUGGCUUUUCUGUGUAGGUUUGUCAAAACAAUGAGUGUGUGUUACUAUCCGUUGCUUAUGCUGGACAGCCAACAUGUGCGAAUAACUGCAGCGGAAAUGGGGUAAGUUUUUUAAUCGUUGCUUCAACCACUCAUUAAUAAUUCAUAUAGUUAUUGGCAAAUCAUGUCAACCAACUAUGCCACGUGAUGAGGCUUAUACCUGAUAAAACUCAUCUUCAUUAGUAUUCUUUAUAUAAAAAUCUAUCCUAAUUAGUAUUCUUUAUAAAGAUUACUAAAGAGACUGCAUCUACUGGAUAUCUCUAAAAAAGCGCAAUGAAAAUUCAACGGCCUGUCGUGCAUCAUAAACGCGGCUAAACAAUUCAAAUUUUACAUAGGACGAAAGAGCUGUUAUUUAGCUUUUCUAUGAUACCUUUUUUAAAUCGUAACGAUGAGAAAUGGCUAGAUACUCGUCAAAUAAAAAUUGCCGGUCGAUAUCACAUUCUUCCACCGUUGCUACGCACGCUAACCGUUUCAAUCUCGUACCCAGAGCCACUCAACGAUGGCUCUGAGUACGUACGAGCUAGAUUGCCACCAUUGGAAAUUGAAAAUACAUUAAUUAUGCAAAGUUAAUCAAUCCCAAAGCAACGAGUCUGCUGCAAGAUAUUUGUUUUGUAAAACAUUUUGAUCACGAAUGUUCUCUGUUCAGUGGUUAAUAGAUGAUUCCAGCUAAAGACUAAAUUUUGAUCUAGGCAAGAACAACAAAAUCCAUCACCACAAGUAGAACGAGCAUGUUAAAAUAAAAAUUAGUAAAAUUUUGUUCGCACUAGUGCUAUAUUUAUCGCAUUUUACAACAUUUUGCGUCCAAGCUUUGCAAUUGUACUAAUUUUAACAUGCUUUUUCUAGCUGUGGUGAUGGAUUUUGUUCUUCUUGCCUUGAUUGAAAUUUAGACUGUAGCUGGAAUCAUCCAUUGAACCAUUUUUAAUUUAAUUUUUAAGGUGUUGUCUCACUAAGACGACGAUUGACGAGUUGAUAUCAUUUUCGAUCAUUUAAUUAACAUUCAAUUCCCUCUUGGCAAUUAACUAUGUUUUAAGUUCUUUGUACGUUCGCAUGGCGAUAACUCACCAUGACUCCGCCUCGAUGUUUUGAACUUACCGACAAAUAAUUGAUACAUUCUUUAUAAUUAAAUUAAGAUUACUACUGCUCCAACAAUAUAGCCAAGAUUAUUUGGUGUUAUUGUACUGCUACCAACGCACAUUAAUUUGGAACACUGACUGUUCCUGAAAAUAACACUGACAGUAAUAAAUUUAUGUGGUGUUUUCACAAACAAAACUAUUAUCCCCGAGCCGACGGCGCGAAGCGUUAGCGAAGUCUAAAGUUCAUCAAAUAUCGCGGGCGUGGAUCACCAACCGUGGGUGGUUAUCCUCACUGAUCUCAAAAAUAUGGCGGACUGUCAUGAAUAGCAAACACUGUGAUUGGUCCAAUUUAAAGUUUGCAUUAUAACGACUGCAUGACGACAGCGAAAUAGCAAACAUUUCCUGAUUUGAUGAUUGAUAAAUUUCUUGCAAAUAUGUUUCAUUUUUGCUCGCAUUUUUGCAAGAUUUUGUAAAUUUCAAGAAAAAAAUGGCGAAAGAAUCGGCUAAAAGAAGGGAGCCGACGUUAACGAAGGUAAGUUUGCUUUAAAUAUUGAUUUUAUAAUUGCUUUAAAACCCGACGGCCUUUGCGUAUAUGAAACAACUAAACAAGACAGAAUAUCGGGCGCCAUUUCAGUGUAUCUUUAAUAUUGAUUCCCUCCCUAAAAUUUGAAAUCAUUUUAUUGCAAACUCAAAGUUUGUCGAUAAACCCAUUUAAUUAAUGAAUAAAGGCAGUUUAGUUUUAUAAAGAACAUUUUAAAACGUUUCGCGAAGCGUUUGUGGUUGAAUUUUACCUUAAAUUGAAGCUUAUAUUACGUAUAAUAUAAUACCUAACAUAUAAUUAUAGCCUAUGCUGGGAAAUUGAUAAUUUUGUAAUUAAAAGCGAUAUUUUUAAGCGAUUUUUCAUUUGUAAGAAUAUUCUUAAAAAAUUAUCGUGUUACCAUGGCAACUACUUUAGAUACUUCAUGUUCGGAAAAUACAAUGGUUUUGUCAGCAAGGCGAGGGUUUCUGCAUGCAUGUAUUUUCUAGUAACUAUGACUAUGUUUUGUUUUCCAUGCAAUUCCCAACGGUGGAAGAAUGUGAUUUCGAUCGGCAAUUUUUUUUGACGAAUAUGCGGCCAUUUCUCAUCGCUACGAUUUAAAUUAAAAGAGUAUCAUUGAAAAGCUAAAUAACUGUUCUUUCGUCCUAUGUUUAUUAUCUGUAAAAAUUGAAUUGUUUAGCAACGUUUAUGAGGCACGACAGCCUGUUGAAUUUCCAUUGCGUUUUUUAGACACCCUGUAUUGUGGUCGUGUUUGAAACUAUUCAAAACAAUUUUAGUGCUGUUUUAUCAUGUCUUAUAAUAAGAUAAGAUAGAUGACAAAAUUUCUUGAUGAUGAUUGGCUAAGAGGGGUGCAAGUACAUUUGCAAUCGUACUGGACUGACUGGAGUUCAAUUACAGCAUUUGUAAUUGCACUGGAGUGGAGCAGAGGCUGGACACGAGUCGAAAAAAUCAACAUCCGUGGCGGGAAAAUAUAGAUAUUUUAAAUUUUCAUUUUUUAUCGACUUUUGCACAUUUUGUUUUGAAAAUUGUUGGGAAAUCUAAAAUUAAAAAUGCAACGAGCACAUAGACAGAAAAAGUUUGUUCACAAGCGACGAAGACAAUGCUUAAGUAGCGAAGGUAACUAUGCAGGAGUCAUCGAGGGGAAAUGUUUUCAUCUAUAUUAUUAAUAAGUAAUAGUAUGGUUUCUCGUGCAAUUUGGAAAAUAAUACACACAUCAGUUUUUUGAAGCCAUCAAAUUGCACUCGUCCUUCGGACUCGUGCAAUUUUGAUAGUCUUUAAAAAACUCACUCGUGCAUGUUUUUUUCCAAAUUGUAGUCGAAACUAUGUUAUUAUCUAUACUAAAAUACUCGUGCUGCGCACUCGCAUUUUAAUUAAAUAUGAUCAUAGCUCCUAUAUGCGUGUUAGUGCAUCAUUUCCUUGAUGUUGGACAUAGGUAAUUUGACUCCCAUGUUCACUUUCAACAGGUCUGUAAUGAGAACGGCAAUUGUCACUGUAAAUCAGGUUGGAAAUGUCCAGAUUGUUCCCAAGCUUACAAUGGUCCAGGUGGAAGCAUCGACAGUGAUCUGCAUUGUGAGACUGUUACCUCAACAACAACCCAAGUUCCAGGUACUGCAUGUAUGUUUCUACGUAUGCACUGGGAAAAAUUUUGAAAAUCCAUAGAAUGAAAAUUGUAUGGACCUUUAUAGAAUGGAUUUUGAUUAUCCAUAAUAAUUGUAUAUUUCCAUACUAAUGGAUAUAGUAUCGAAAUCGUAUGGAUAUACUAUGGAUUUAGUGGUGCAAAGUCUCAUAGUAUGGAUUUCACAUUUUUUCCCAGUGAUGUUUUCGGUCAUUAUAUUUUAUAGAUAUUGAUGAAUGUUUGGGCAAACCAUGUGAUGUCAAUGCCAGAUGUAAUAACAGUGAAGGUUCAUUUGAUUGUCAAUGUAAUGUUGGGUAUUCUGGAAAUGGAUUUAUUUGUUCUAGUAAGUAA